CGAUCCCGAGGAGGACGCGGCCGCACCGACACCUCCCGCCCCGGGGACCCGGCGGCACGGGCUGCUGCGGCCGCCUCCGCUCGGCGCUCGGGUCUCCUCGCUGAGCGCCGGCCGGCGCCAGGAGAGUGUAGAGUCCCAGCUCCGGGCUGGCGGGACGGACGGACGGCGCCGCGGGCGAGGGCCGGACUGCGGGCAGCGGCCAGCAAAGGCUGAGCAGUACUUUGAGGCCCUUCAAGUGAUCGUCGCUGAGACCUUUGCUUUGAACACUUUCCUGAAAGGGCCGGCAUCUGUCCACUUUGCUCAGCUGUAAUCCCAGGUUGAUGGAGCUCUUGUGGAGGAAACAGCACUUGACUCCUGAGGACUGAACAGUUAAACAUCACACACCAAGAGUGACUUCGGGUCUAAAAAAAUACAGCAGUCUGGAUUUUUCUGUCUUGGAAGAAGAAAAAUGGAAAAUUGAUAAUCAAAGGCCUUCACCCAAGACGGGUCCAGAACUUAAGGCCGGGGUGCCCAUGCCCCCCGCGGUUGCCCGCCAUCAGCAAUGAAAGGGUUAUCCGGCAGCCGCAGCCAUCACCACGGGAUCACCUGCGACACGGCCUGCGACGCGCUGUCCCACCACUCGGACCGCAAGCCAUACCUGCUGAGCCCGGUGGAGCACCACCCCGCCGACCACCCCUACUACACACAGCGCAACUCCUUCCAGGCGGAGUGCGGGGGCCCCUUCAGCGACCCCCUGGCCAGCAGCACCUUCCCCCGCCGGCACUACGCCUCGCAGCAGGAGCUCAAGGACGAGUGCGCGCUAGUGCCCCGCACACUGGCCACCAAGGCAAACCGCAUCCCUGCCAACCUGCUGGACCAGUUUGAGAGGCAGCUACCCCUCAACCGGGAUGGCUAUCACACGCUGCAGUACAAGCGCACCGCCGUGGAGCACCGCAGCGACAGCCCGGGGCGCAUCCGGCACCUGGUGCACUCGGUGCAGAAGCUCUUCACCAAGUCGCACUCGCUGGAGGGGCCGUCCAAGGGCAGCGUCAAUGGAGGCAAAGCCAGCCCCGAUGAGACGCAGACCGUGCGCUAUGGCAAGCGCAGCAAGAGCAAGGAGCGCAGGGUGGAGCCCAAAACCCGGGCCAACGCCACGCCCACCUCCACCUCCUCACCCGGCUGGUGGAGUUCAGACGACAACCUGGACGGAGACGUGUGCAUCUACCACACGCCCUCAGGCGUGAUGACCAUGGGCAGGUGCCCCGACCGCUCGACCUCCCAGUACUUCAUGGAGGCCUAUAACACCCUCAGCGAACAGGCGGUCAAGGCCUCCCGCAGUAACAGUGACGCCAAGUGCUCCACCUGCGCCAACCUGCCCGUCAACCUGGACGCCCCACUCCUGAAGAAGAGCGCCUGGUCCUCCACCCUCACCGUGAGCCGGGCCCGCGAGGUUUACCAGAAAGCAUCUGUGAACGUGGACCAGGCCGUGGUGAAGUCUGAGUCGUGUCAGCAAGAACGCUCCUGCCAGUAUCUGCAGGUUCCCCAAGAUGAAUGGGCAGGGUACACCCCUCGAGGGAAAGACGACGAAAUUCCUUGCCGGAGGAUGCGCAGUGGCAGCUACAUCAAGGCCAUGGGGGACGAAGACAGCGGCGACUCGGACACAAGUCCCAAGCCUUCUCCCAAAGUGGCUGCCCGGAGAGAGAGCUAUCUCAAGGCCACCCAGCCGUCCCUCACAGAGCUUACCACGCUCAAGAUCUCCAAUGAGCACUCGCCCAAGCUCCAGAUCCGCAGUCACAGCUACCUGAGGGCGGUGAGUGAAGUCUCCAUCAACCGGAGCCUGGACAGCCUGGACCCCGCGGGCCUGCUCACGUCGCCCAAGUUCCGCUCCAGGAACGAGAGCUACAUGCGCGCCAUGAGCACCAUCAGCCAGGUGAGCGAGAUGGAGGUGAACGGGCAGUUCGAGUCCGUGUGCGAGUCGGUGUUCAGUGAGCUGGAGUCCCAGGCGGUGGAGGCGCUGGACCUGCCGGUGCCCGGCUGCUUCCGCAUGCGGAGCCACAGCUACGUGCGCGCCAUCGAGAAGGGCUGCUCGCAGGACGACGAGUGCGUGUCGCUGCGCUCGGCCUCGCCGCCGCGCACGGCCACCACGGUGCGCACCAUCCAGAGCAGCACGGGUGUCAUAAAACUGAGCUCGGCCGUGGAAGUGUCGUCUUGCAUUACGACCUAUAAGAAGACUCCGCCUCCCGUGCCACCCAGAACCACCACGAAACCUUUCAUUUCUAUCACAGCCCAGAGCAGCACGGAGUCCGCGCAGGACGCCUACAUGGACGGGCAGGGCCAGCGCGGCGACAUGGUCAGCCAGUCCGGCCUCAGCAACUCCACCGAGAGCCUGGACAGUAUGAAGGCCCUGACCGCCGCCAUCGAGGCCGCCAAUGCCCAGAUCCACGGCCCCGCGAGCCAGCACAUGGGCAACGGCGCCGUCCCCGCCGCCAGUGCGGCCGCCGCCCCCGAGGACCGGAAGAAGGAUUUCAAGAAGAACCGCUGUCUGUCCAUCGGGAUACAGGUAGAUGAUGCUGAAGAACCUGAGAAAAUGGGAGAGAAUAAAGCACCCAGUAAGUUCCAGUCUGUGGGAGUCCAAGUAGAAGAGGAGAAAUGCUUCCGCAGGUUCACUCGAUCCAACAGUGUGACGACAGCCGUCCAGGCUGACCUGGACUUCCAUGAUAACCUGGAAAAUUCUCUGGAAUCCAUAGAGGACAAUUCGUGUCCCGGCCCAAUGGCCAGGCAGUUCUCCCGGGAUGCCAGCACCUCCACGGUCAGCAUCCAGGGCUCAGGCAACCACUACCACGCCUGUGCAGCCGAUGACGACUUUGACGCAGAUUUUGACCCUUCGAUCCUGCCGCCUCCUGACCCCUGGAUCGACUCGAUCACGGAGGACCCACUGGAAGCCGUGCAGCGGUCUGUAUGCCACCGAGAUGGCCACUGGUUCUUGAAGCUGCUGCAGGCAGAGCGUGACCGCAUGGAGGGCUGGUGCCAGCAGAUGGAGCGGGAGGAGCGCGAGAACAGCCUGCCCGAGGACAUUCUAGGGAAAAUCCGAACUGCGGUGGGCAGUGCCCAACUCCUCAUGGCGCAGAAAUUCUACCAGUUCAGAGAACUGUGUGAAGAAAACCUGAACCCCAGUGCUCACCCGAGACCCACCUCCCAGGACCUGGCCGGGUUCUGGGACAUGCUGCAGCUGUCCAUAGAAAACAUUAGCAUGAAAUUUGAUGAACUCCAUCAGUUGAAGGCCAAUAACUGGAAACAGACGGAUCCUCUUGACAAGAAGGAGAGGAGGGCCCCUCCUCCAGUGCCCAAGAAGCCGGCGAGGGGCCCCGCGCCGCCGCUGACCCGGGAGCGCUCGCUGGAGAGCUCGCAGCGCCAGGACGCCCGCAAGCGCCUGCUGGCCGCCAAGCGCGCCGCGUCUGUCCGCCAGAGCUCGGCCACCGAGAGCGCCGAGAGCAUCGAGAUCUACAUCCCCGAGGCGCAGACCCGGCUCUGAGCGCAGCCGCCGCCGGCCCCGCGACCCUCCCCGGGCGCCCCAGCCACCGUCCUCCCGUCCAUCCACCGCCGCACCCCUUUCUGUUCGGGCCGCGCGUAGCGAGGCCGCCCGUAGGUCCCACCACCCUCGUCCUCUCCAGCACUUAGUGUGUUCCUGCCGCUCAGCAAUAUCAGCCUAGGGUAUUCCAGAACCCCAGUACCGCGGGGACCUCCGGGACUCACGUCUUCCACGGCAAGAUGACCGCGGCUCCGACCCCUUCCCUUCCUCCUAAGUGGUCAUUCUUUUAAAUAAACGCAAACAAAGCGGAGGGAGCACUCAUUUCCAGCCUCAGAAGGAAAUCACAGCAUCUCACCGGCACGGAAGGAGGAGGAGGGCCAGAGAGAGCCAGGGACAGAGCUGGGCGCCGCCCGCCGGGGUGCAGGGACGCCCGGCCUCUCUCAGCUGCGCACACGCCUCGGUCACCUUCAUCCACACGGCUUCAAAUGUUUCAAUCAGCAGAAGAUUGUAAAUUCGAUCCUUCAGGGAAAUUAAUCUAUUCCGAAAGGCAAUAAAACGAAGACAGGCUAAGCCAAGGAGGCGUCGAUGGUUUCAGAUACCCCAAGGGUUUUGUUUUUCGAUUUGCUUUGUUGGGUUUGGUUUGGUUUUGGUCCUAGGCUUCAGAGAAGCUGAAAUGCUCUGUCACCUUCCAUUGUGCUCUGUGUACUCUGCUGUUGUGGCUGCGAUGGCUCCCCAAGGGCUCGGGUGGGCCUGCCGGGGGGGCCUCUGCUUCGAAGGGCUUUGAAGGGGAGAGCAGGGUUUCCUGGCAUCCCUGCGCACUACACAGGACCCACGCGAGCCGUGGCCCCCAGCUGCGGUGUGUUCCCGCCCCAGCCUCCACUUCCCAUCCCUCGGCGUCCACUCUUCCCCAGUGUAGGAGGCCAUCCCACAUCAAGUGGAUACUGCCAGCUUGCUGACCGAGCGAGCGGACACGCUGUGUCCUUCAGGAGGCCACCACUGUCCCCGGGUUCCAGGCAGUGGGGAAAGAGAUUUGCCCCACGGGGUCAGCAGGCAGGCAGACAGGGGCGUCAGGGCUGAUCAACACAGGAGAAACCUAGGUUUGGGGUACAGGGUGUUGGCUUGUGUUUCUGAUCCAGACUUGCAGGCAGUGUGCAUCGGUACCUAGAUGGUGUCGUCUCUCCCCGCCCAUGCUCCUUGAGGCAAUUUAAACAGUAUAUGGUGAUUUUAAAAUGUCACUGCAUUCUCUGUCAAGCUCAUAUCCUAAACUUCACCAUCAAAAAAGGAAAGGUUUAAAAAAAACAUAACAUCAAAUAUGCUUGCACCAGAGAAACUUUUUUUUUAAAUACACUCUCCUAGCCCGGUGCUAAUUUCAGUUUAUUUAUGAAAUUAAGAAAGGCGAUGGAUUCUGGAGACAAACAUUUCUCACAGACCUAUUCUGAAACCACUAGAGAAUCCGCUACCUCUCAGAGCUAUGGAGGCUUUGAGCUAUCUUUAUCAACAGGGCACAAAUGUUUCCUGCUGUGGUUUACAAGAAAAGGGCUACUCAUUUAUUUCAAAACCAACUGACCAGAUCUUCAGGAGGGGCACAAAGCGCCCUGCAGUGCUUGGCACAGCUGGAGCAAAAAGACUGAGUAUUUUGCUAGUUUCGGAAAAGAAAAAAGAAACACCCCUUUUCUUUACCUGUGGCAGCAGUGGAAGGGUAGCAGAGUGCUUGGAAUUGGGCCGACUGUGACCCUGGUGGCCGCCUCCGGCCACCUGGACUCCUGAGAACCACCAGGAACUCAUGGGGUCACCGGAAGCAGCGCCCCCAAACCCGCGUUCCCUGCUGCCAGCUCUGUGCCCCGAGGCUCAGCUGAGCCGUAGACUAAGAAAUCGAUUCCUAGUGAGGUUCCAGAGCGGCCAACAAUAUCUUCUUUGGAAACUGAUGUAGCCCAGGAUAUUUUAAAGAGAGACAAGAGAAGGCCUAUUUAUCUUGUCUAAGGGAACGGUAUUUAUAUAUUCAUAAGCUAUUUUUGGUAAAAAUUUUAAACCUUUUAGCCAAACAGCCUGUAGGGUGUCAUGACCUUUGCCUUCCUUGAAAACAGUUUAAAUUGUACAAACACUUUAUAAAAAGCUAAUUAUGGAUGUUAGACCACGACCCCACACCAUGCAGCUUGGUAACCACUGGAGCCCUAAAACCCAAGUCCAUGAGCAUAAAGCCUUUGUUACAUUGUUCUUUUUGAUGUAAUUUGUAGAAAUGUUUUUUAGUUCACAAUGGAAAAUGUACCUACCCUGAAAAAUUACUUAUUUUGUUUAACUUUGGUAUAAAGGUGACGGGCAUUUUUGGGGGGAGGGGGGAUUACACAAAAGAAGUUUGCCGCCCAUAUCAAAAAAAGGUCAAAGAAAUUAAGUAUUUAUUAUAUUUUUUGCAGAUGUUUCCAUACAAUUCACAUAAUCUUUUUGUAAAGAGAGAUGAAGAAAUGGAUUAAAGAUUUUUAAUAUUUGAAAUGGUAAAUAGAACUAAUUUAUUUGUAAUAUAUUUCUGUUAUUUAUAGAUGUUUCCUUAAUGUUUUACUGUGCAUUACCACUUUAAUUUAAGCCUUAUCCUUGUGAAUUUACCAUUUCUUUUUUAAAACAUGUCUAGAUGCAUAUUUUAAAUAACUGGAAUGUAAAUCACUAGCAUAUCUGAAUUCCCAAAUGUAAUUUUUAAAAAUUAUUUUGGUUUGGAAAAAAAAAAGAUUCAUUUGCAAGCCUUCAGGUGGAGGAGUGGUAACAUUUUUAUGGCUUUCUGAGUUGGAAUUUCAUAGGCUUAUUUACCUAGACUGUGUGUGGGCAAAAACAACUGUAAAUAGAUAAAUGUUUCCCAUAAUGUAAAAAGAAGAAAUUAAUAAAAUAAUUAAUGCACUGC